AUGAUCCAUUCAGGAACAAAAGCCAUCAAACAAACACAAUCAAACUUCGUUCUCGUUCGUUGUCUUAUCAAUGUCGUACGUUCGCAACCAUACUACACCAAGCCGUCCCAUGAAAGAUCUCACAAAGCUACUACUGAGCUUCGCAAGCCAACACCUUUCGUCUCCAACGUUAAGCAAGCACAAGACCCAGAAGAAGCUCUUUCUCUGUUCCAAGACUACCAACAAAACAUUGGUUUCAAACACGAUUACGCUUCUUACUCUGCUCUAAUCUAUAAGCUCGCCCGUUUCCGUGACUUUGAAGCCGUGGAGACCAUUCUUGAUCAUGUACAAGACAGGAAUAUUCGUUGCGGAGAGAAAGUUUUCAUUGUUCUGAUGCAACAUUAUGGCAAGGCCAAUUUGGUGGACAAAGCUAUCGAGCUUUUUCGUAGAAUUCCUUCCUUCAAUUGUGUACGGACAUUGCAGUCCUUAAACGCUCUCCUUAACGUGCUUGUCGAUGGCGGUCGGUUUUCGGAGGCAAAUGACGUCUUUUAUCGUUCGUACAAGAUGGGUUUUCGUCCGAAUUCGAUUACGUUUAAUAUAAUUAUCAAAGGGUGCCUUCGGAAAGGUGACUGGGAAGAGGCAUCCAAGGUGUUUGAUGAAAUGCUUGAGAGAAGCGUGCAGCCUAGUGUGGUGACUUAUAAUAGCUUGAUUGGGUACUUAUGUAAAAAGGGUGAGUUGGAUAAAGCGAAGGGUUUGCUCGAGGACAUGAUCGAGAAAGGAAAGUGCCCAAAUGCCGUGACGUAUGCAUUGAUGAUGGAAGGUUUAUGUUCGGUGGGAAAGUAUAAGGAAGCGAAGAAGUUGAUGUUUGAUAUGGAGUACCGAGGGUGUAAACCAAAGCUCGUGAAUUUCGGUAUUUUGAUGACUGAUCUUGGAAGGAGAGGAAAUAUUGAGGAGGCAAAAUUGCUACUUAAUGAGAUGAAAAGGAGAAGGUUUAAGCCUGAUGUUGUUAUAUAUAACAUACUCAUAAACUAUCUGUGUAGGGAAGGUAAGGCAGUGGCGGCGCAUAAAAUUUUGACCGAAAUGCAGAUUGGAGGUUGUGAGCCAAAUGCGGCUACAUACAGGGUAAUGGUUGAUGGAUUCUGCCAGGUUGGGGAUUUCGAACGCGGUUUAAAGGUUUUGAAUGCAAUGUUGACAAGUCGGCAUUGUCCUCGUUUAGAAUCGUUUCGAUGCUUGAUUAUGGGCCUAGUAAAGUGUGGUAAUCUUGAGGAUGCCUGUUUUGUUUUGGAGGAGAUGGGAAAGAGGAAGAUGCAAUUCGAUUUGGAAGGUUGGGAUGCUUUAGUUGUAGAAGCUUGUGGUAGAAAUUCCGGUGCAGAUGGCCUAGUGACUGAACUGAUCACUGCAUUUUAGAAGAAAGAGAAGAUCAAUAUGAAGUUUUUUUUGCAGUCCCAUGGAGUUCGGCUUGGUGAACUUUGUGAUGGGAUCGGUGGCAUAGACGAGCUUGUGGAAUUGAAUUAAUCUGUGCCAUUGCAGAGCAUUGGGCAUGAAACAAAGCUUUGGUUGAAGGUGGAAGCUGGAAACUUUGAGAACUUGUUUGUUUGCGUUAAUUUAGCCUGUGAUCUCGGCUUUUCCUUUCUGUACAAAGCCAAGGUUUCCUAUACAAGUAAUGGUAGUUAACCAGCUGCAGAAACCUGUUUGAUUCAAACUUUAUUGCUGAAAUAAUGGAAACCAAGAAGUGUCUCUCUCCCAUAAAUUCAAGGGAAGUUCUUGUCAAACUCAUGGAGAAGGUGUGGCUUGAAUAUAAG